AUGAUCGAUCGUUAUGCUGGAUUAUUCGAAUAUAAAGUUUUUAAAAAUCAGUAUUCGAUAGAGUUUCUCCUAUCUACUGGCAAGUGCUGUAGAGAAUGUGAACGGUUUGCAAGAAAAAUUGUUGAUAAUAUGAAUAAUAGCCCAACUCAAUUAAUUGGGAUGAGUCCUAAUGACGCCAUCAAACUUGAGUGGAUAUAUUCUGAACCAUCAGUAAAAUAUAAUCGCCCAAUAGGUGUUGAUGAACCACAACUACCAAAGGGUAUUACUAUCCGAUUUUUGCUCACUCCUGGAGAGUGGGAAAAUGAUCCUUUCGAAUGA